CAUCGACCCACCAAGGAGCUUUCCGCUUCUCUGUCCUCCUUACUUUUAGAAACAACUGAACCAUUAACGGAACAGUCAGUGGAACUAAUUAUACCUGCAUUUAACUGUUCUAUUUUCCUUAAAAAAAAAGCGACAACACAGAUACUUCGACACCCAGACAAUUCAUCCUGCGAGGUUUAGAUAGGAUCAAGGCCAUUUGAAAUUACUUCUUUCAUAUCAAGACAAUAAAUUAUUAAAGUAAUGCAUUUUCUAGGUAGAUUGUCAAGGAAAAAAGCUUGUGCACAUUUAACAAUUUUCUCGUCCUUUUUGACUUAGAUUGACUGGCAAUACAGAAUCCGGCAUCCUUACUAAUUCUUAAUGUGCAAAUUGUCUAUGUGCGUACUACGCUGACAAGUGUAGAAGCUCAAUAAUGGGAGGGAUAGGUGAAGGUGGUCCAAUAUCAUUUGAAUUGAAUAAUGGAGCCAACAUACCUGCACUAGGACUGGGUACAUGGCAGGCCGAACCAGGCGUUGUAGGAGAAGCUGUCAAAACUGCUAUAGAGAUUGGAUAUAGACAUCUUGACUGUGCUCCAGCAUACGGUAAUGAAAAGGAAAUCGGACUUGCACUUAAAGAAAUAUUUCAAGGGAAUGUAGUGAAGCGUGAGGACUUAUGGAUUACCUCUAAACUCUGGUGCACUGAGUAUGAUCCCGAGGACGUUCCUCAAGCUUUGGAUAGAACAUUGCAGGAUCUACAGCUUGACUACGUGGAUCUGUAUCUUAUACAUGGGCCAGCCAGGCUCAAAAAGGGGACCAAGGGAUUCAUUCCCAAAAAUUUUGCUCCGCUUGAUAUUCCUAGCACUUGGAAGGCCAUGGAGAAGCUGCUUGAUACUGGAAAGGCUCGUUCCAUUGGUGUGAGCAAUUUUUCUGUGAAGAAGUUGAAGGAUUUACUUAUAUAUGCAAGAAUGAUACCAGCUGUAAAUCAGGUUGAAUGCCAUCCUGUUUGGCAGCAACAUUAUCUCCAUUCGUUUUGCAAGUCCAAGGGGAUUCACAUCUCUGCACAUUCUCCACUGGGUUCUCCAGGCACCCCAGGGAUUAAAGUAAAGGUUCUUGAGCACCCUGUACUCAAUGAGGUAGCUGAAAAAAUGGGCAAGACACCUGCCCAGGUUGCCCUUCGCUGGGGCAUACAAACUGGUUAUAGUGUGCUUCCAAAAAGCACCUUUGAGCAUGAACUGAGAGAAAAUUUUAAAGUACUAAAGUGGUCAAUCCCCACAGAAUUAUUGGAGCACUUUUCUCAAAUUGAACAAAUGAGGUUGGUUCGUUCUGAAUAUUUAGUCCACGAGACAGGCAGCCCUUAUAAGAGUGUGGAAGAAAUUUGGGACGGAGAAAUUUGACAUGGUUCAUAUUCUAGUUUGAGUAGAAACAUGGAACAGGUUCGACUAAAGAAUUUAAUCACAAGUCUGUAAACCAUAGAAAAUGUCAGUCCCAUUUUGUUAAGCUGUCUUGAAUUAAACAUGUAUUCUGCUGAAAAAUAUGUUCUGCUCAAAUAUUAUAUUUUUUAUUAAAUGCAUUAUUAUUAUUACCAUUA